CAAAUUCCUCUUCCAGAGACUUCCCUUCCGUGACUGCCAUCCAUGCAGAUGAGAAUGGAACAGUUUUGAUGACAUAAAAAUUGGUGUAGUUUGCCUAAUCAUUUGAAUUUUCUGCUGUCUAAAAGUUACGUAGUUUUCCAUUCUGAGACAAGGUCAUAUUUUCCAUUCAUUCAUUUCUUAAAUACUGAAGUUAUAGCCUCAGCUUUAUUCAUGGAAACAAUUACAGUGGUAUUUUACUGAUAGAUUUAUGAGUGAAUUGUUCUUGCAUAAGAGUGAAGUGGAAUGUGUCGUCACAACUUUUUAAAAUUUAACUACUUUUAGUUUUGUUUUGUUUUGAUUUUCCUGAGGAGGUAAAAUUUGACGUUGACUGCAUUCACAAGGGGGGAAGGACACUCCAAUCGAAUGAGUUAAACAAAACAAACUUAGGUUCAUUGUGGAAGCUUAAUUGACAGAAUGCCUCCUAACUAGGUGUAAGAUCUAGUAUGUAGCAAAGUCCCCACUUGAAACUAUGGGCAAUGUUUUCUUCGUGUCCCGAACUUUAUAAUUCUUUAAUCCCGUACUGUCCAUGGCACACGGCUGUCACCUCGCUCAAAGUCACUUGCACAGGCACACCUAGAAGAGCAGAGCACAAAAAAGACCCAAGGAAAGCACUACUGAUGAGACACUAAUUGACAGCACUAUACUAAUGAAAGAGAAGACCCUGCGUAUGCCAUGCCACACCAUGUAGUUAUAUACCCACAGCAAGGAAACCAACUAACUAUGCAUUUACCACCUACUCAAGCUAACAGUGAUUUGAUUUCAAGGGAAAGAAGCUUGUAUUUCAGAUUUAAACAAUUUAAUCAUGUAUUAUUUGAGGUUAACUGCUAUGUUACCCCGGACUAACAAUCCACACUAAAGAUAGGGCUGUGCUAUUGUCUUAUAAAUAAAAAAUGGUACAUUCAAAGCAGUUUAACCAACACAAAAUCAAUGCAAUUUAAUUCAUUUAAUGUACCGACUGAUUAAAGUGAUGAUGAUUGUGUGAGGUUCACUAAGGUCUAUACUCUGAAAAUUUGGGCUAGAGUUCAAAACAAUUAAACCAAACAUAGUAUUAAAUCAUGAUUAUGACUUCUAUGUCAUAAUUGUUGCAUGUAUUAAGUCAUAAUUAUAACUUUUAUCUCGUAUACAUGUACAUGUACUGAGUUAAGUCAGAAGCCUGUAUGUUAUCAUUGUGACACCAAGCUGUCAUGUGCACUUGCACAUUGCAUUGCAUUUGUCUGUAAAAUUUCAUGUGCUUUCACAAUAAAAGUCAUAAUUGUGAGAUAUGUCAUGAAUAUGAGGUAAUACUUAGUCACACUUUGGACAUACUGUAAGUCAUAAUUACGACUUUGCAGGUUUGAAAAAAAUCAUUGGCCCCAUAAUCUUUUCUAGCUUGUUUAGCAGCUUCUUAACUUUUAAGCAAACUUGAAAACUCUUGUUCACACUCAUUCAGUUUGAUUGUAGAGGCGCAACAUUCCUUUGAAGCUUCAGUUCACCACUUUUAGGGCACAGUGAGAUUUGUUAAAGCAGAAUCUGGGUCUUUGAAAACUGAAUUAGUUCUGCCAUGACAAGAGGUGUUUCUACAAAGAACAGUAGGACCAUCGUGAACUCACUUUUUAAGGUUAUGUUAUAUGCAGGUUUAUUUGAAAAAAAUCUUCCCAAAUUACAGACUCAAUAUGGAAAGAGUUUCAUGCAUGCGCAUUUCUUUUCCAGACGUGUAUAAACCUUGCAGUUAGGCCUACACAGUCGUCACUUGAGACAUGUACAACGAUAUACAAACCUUACUUUGUAUGACGAUGAGGCUGGUCUUUUGACAUGCAAGUCAUAAUUAUGACUUUGCCCAUUUAAAAAAUCAUUGGCUGUUUAAUCUUUUCUAGCUUGUUAACAGCUUCUUAGCUUGUUGAAAACUUGUAUCACGUUGGAACAAACUUUUCUUUUUCGCUUCCUGAUUGCUGAUAAAACAGUGUAGGGGAAAGUUAGUGAUGUCCAUCCAUUUUUGGAAGUCUUUCCAUCCAUUUGCUUUUGUGAUCAUAGGGAACAAGAAAUUAUGAAACUGGACCGGAAAUCUGUCUUGUGAAUACAAAUUCACAGUAGCAAUGUAAGCAUUGAAGAUCUGUUGCCGUAAAAUAUUCGGGGUCCCCCAAAACACCCAUAUUCAGUAGCUAAUAUUCUGGUUUAAAAACACAUAUGUGUACCAGUUCAUGGUCCAGUGUCAACCAUCUCUGCUGCCUUAAUGCAAGUACCACUGGGAAGGGGAUUUUGCAAAGGACCAGUGACUGGAGCACUUUUUCAUGGGGGAAAUGAUGAUGGCCAUUCAACCUGGGUUUUACAAAACCCUUCGAAGUAACACCCAGCUUUUUUUAAUUUUUCAGGAGAAGUUUAUUAGCAAGACGUGCUAGAAAAUUGUUGUAGUCCGCUACAGAAUUCUUUCUUUAAUGUGAUCGUGCCAUCAAAGUUCAAGAGGAAAGUAAACAAGUGCUGAACAAAAGUAACAAUUCCUUCACAUGUGUUCCCAAAGGCCAUCAGGCCUGCUGAUGUCUGUUGACAAACCACUCUGCGUACUCCGUUUGAAGAUUGUACAACAUGGUUAUAAUAAUGGAAAUAUAGCGGAAAGUAUAGCUUUGUGUGUGAUUAUUGAACAAGUGAUUUUUCAAGGCGUUAAGAGUGGUCAGAUUGUUGUGAUACUAAUCACAACAAAUUUAACAUAUUCAUACAAACAACAGUGUGCUCAUUGGGUUGACAAAUAUACAGGUGUACAUAUGUACAUGAAGGUUUGGGGAGGAGCAACAUAGGGAGUCUUCUGCUUUCAACCUACCCCAAACAGUCACUAAAUAUGCAAAUUCCUUUGUGUCUGAUUCAAUUCGCUAAAGUUUUGCCACGCUUCAGUGCGUAGGAUAUCCAACACUCAGUUCCCCAAUUUAACACUGAAGCAUGGCAGUCAAUGGUUGUGCAGAGUGGUGCUACAAUCAGGGUUGAAAUUUCCCAGGUUCCGGCGCAGACUACAGCUUAUUUCCUGCUCCAGCCCCUGGCCACUGAAUAAGACAUGACAACAUUCCUCCUUCCUCUGAUCAACUCCAGAUGAAACAGGAUACAUCCUCUGAAGAUGAGGAUAUGUCCUCGGCAACCAACCUUAACCUUUCUGGAAAACGGCUCCAUCUUGUUUAGAAAGACAUGAUCCACAUAAUUUUAUUAGGACUGCCCUCUGAUCAAUCUAAGGCUGAGGCCUCUUCACAUGCUUCCUUCAAGUGCCACCCCGCUAGGUUGGAGGCAUCAAUGCCAAUUUUCCCAGAACUUCCACUUGACCACUCAUGCGCCGAGAUGUUAAAAAUUUUCACUAGUACCAAACAAUGCAUCCAUACCCCCAGAACUUAUUUCCAGUUUGCUAUGGAGGACUUUGACAACUUCCUCUCCAUCCCUGAGAUUCCGACUGAGGCUCAAGAUAAACUCUCUUCCAAAACUCGAAAGCCUACAGGAAAAUCUCCAUUUAAAGACAAGGACAAGUGUUUCGUCGAGGCUACUCUUGUUAAACUCAACAAAGCCUCAAGACAUGGUCUUUGCUGCACCGCAUUUAUGGCACUCCUCUCUGAGUAUUUGGCCGGAGUGUGUGACGAAGAUUCACCACUUACUCUGGACUUGGCAGCUGUCACACAUCGAGCGAUCGAUGAGAACAUCAACUCCAUCUUCGAGCAGUUCGUUAGAAUAUCUGUUUUAGCCACUCCUGCACGCAGAUCCAACACCUUUGAUGCCAUGAAUAUUCUCUAUGAAGGACCUUUUCGCAGGGAAGUUCAUGGAGAUGAUGGAGUCAGAAGUUAAGCACAUUGACACAACACAUAAACUUAGCUUCCAUGAACCUCCACCACCGGCUCUGCCUCACCAAUCCAGUCCUGAUGACUGCCGGGCUCGACCCUUCAGACAUCCACGUCAGGGCAAUUUUCGUUCCUUUUGCCCCUUUCGUCAACUCAGCUACAAGAUGAAUCGUGGCCAUCUAUUCUCCUCUCGACCUGCCAAACCACCCCAGAGGAGCAGCAAGAGAAGAACUACCGAGUUGCACUACCCCUGACCUCCCGGGGGUAGAUGUCGCUGACUAUGCACCUGACCUGUUGGCUGUUGUCAAACAGUCCUUCAGAUCAGCAGGACUUUCUGAUGAAGCUGCUGAAAUGGCUUCAAAGAGUUAACGCCAGUCUACACGCAGCAUCUACGACUCCAGAUUCUUGAGUGUCCUCAACUAAGAGACAAAUCCCUCCACGGGACUUGUCAGCUGUUUUCCAACUGCUUCCUGCUCACCCCUUUGAGCCUCUCAGCGAUGCAUCGUUGAUAAACCUAUCAGUGAAGCUGGCAUUACUACUAGCAGUUAAUACUACCUCACAGCAUGGCAGUGAACUGAAAGCAAUGUCCAUCACAGAUGGCCACAUUUGAUGGGAACCCCAUGGUGUUCGUCUCUUCUCAACGCUUGGGUUUCUCACCUAGUGCCAGUCAGUUUCUUUCCAUCCUCCUGACAUCUUUGUGCCCGACAUUACCAAACACACUGGGACUCCCGACGACAAACCAUGGUGCCCUGUGCACACUUAGCCAAACCAAGAACUCAGAGGUACAACUUUGCAGCUUUUCAUCAUACAUACAUCAUAAAGCAAAACCUCACCGAGCUGCAACCAGAGACUCUAUAGCUAGAUGGACAGUUUCGGCUAUCAAGUUUGCCAACCCAGACUGGCUGAACUCUGUGGACAAAACAAUACACCUCAACAGAGGUCAUGAUAUCCAAGCACGUUCCACAUCAUGGGCCUACUUCAGGGGCGUACUGAUGGAGGAAAUAUGCAAGGCAGCAUCCUGGAAGACCCCAUCUACUUUCACCAUAUGCUUCCUCACCGAUGUUCUGCAAAAGGACUCCACAAAUGGCAGAAGGACUCCGCACAUGGCAGAGUGGUCCUAGCAUUGGCCACCUCGAUGCAGAAGGGCUCCUUAUCAAAGCGGUUCACCACAGGAAUGACAUAACUCCAUUAUUUGGCUCACGCAGAUCAGUUGUGUGUUUAGACUGCUGAUUUCUGUAGAACGAUGGCCUUCACUGAAUCUUUUGCAGCUCUUUCUGCAACGGUUGCCACACUUUGCAUCACAUCCAGCAUUGUGGCCUUGGUAGUCCUCUUCAUCCAGAAAUGGAAGCUGGAGAGACAGUUUGCGGCAUUUCCGUCAGACCCCGAAAGGCACUGGUUCAUGGGCAGUCUUUCUAAGCUCACUGCUGAUGAGAAGGAAGUCCAGUGGGGAAAGGAUAUUGUGAAGAGAUGUGUCACUGCAUCUGUACUAUGGCUGGGACCUAUUAAGCCAAUCGUCAGUGUGUACCACCCUGACACAGUCAAAGCUGUUGUCAGCACAGGAGAACCAAAGGCGGAAGAUACAUACUCUUAUAUACGCCCCUGGAUUGGAGACGGGCUGCUCUUAUCAGCUGGGAAGAAAUGGGCAAGGAACAGACGCUUACUGACACCCGGCUUCCACUUUGACAUUUUGAAGCCAUAUGUGGACAUCUUUCAACAGUCUGGCAACAUACUUGUGGAGAAGUGGAAAGCAGCCUGUGGUGGUAAGAAGACUUCAAUGGAGAUGUUCAGUAACAUGAGCCUGUUGACAUUGGACAGCCUCCUCAGGUGUAUAUUCAGUGUGGAGACCAACUGCCAAACGGUUGAAAAUCACCCUUACAUCAAGGGCAUCUAUGACAUCUCCAUCCUGGCUAUGCAACGUUUUCGCUUCCUACCUUUCCACUUUGACACAAUCUUCCAGUGGAGUCCCAGUGGGCGACGCUUCCGCAAAGCUUGCGAUACACUCCAUAACUACGCACGGGAUAUCAUCCAGAAGCGAAAGAGUGCACUGAAAGAAGAGGCUGCUAAUAGGCAAACAAGACACAGGAAAUACAUUGACUUCUUAGACAUUCUGCUUUGCGCUAAAGACAGUGAUGGUCAAGGACUAACUGACCAGGAAAUCUACGAUGAAGUGGACACAUUCAUGUUUGAAGGGCAUGACACGACAGCAUCAGGCCUGUCCUGGUUCCUGUACGACAUGGCCCGGCUGCCAGAAUUCCAGCAGAAGUGCCAAGAGGAAAUCGAUGACCUCUUAGUAGACAGAGAAGAUGACCGGCUGGAAUGGGAUGAUCUCAGUAAUAUGCCCUACCUGACCAAGUGUCUGAAGGAGAGCCUGCGUGUACAUUCUCCCGUCCCCAAUAUCAUGCGAACAUUGACCCGACCUUUGACCUUUCCUGAUGGCAGGACGUUGCAGAAAGGUGAGUGUUAGGAGGUGCUAGCUGAAUUACCCCCAGUUUGUCCCAUUCCUGCAGGCUUGCCCAUGUUGUACUUGGAAAUGUCUGCAAUGUUGUCCUCAUCUUGCCGUCAAAUUAAAUCGACAGAUGCAUAAAAAUGAAGCACUGCAUUUAC